ACCUCUGGUACAUCCAGAAUUCGAUUCUUCUUUUUGCAACUUUUUUGCACACAUGAAAAUGUCCAAUUUCAUGCAGUCUGGUAUUCCCACUUUGAUCUUUGGUUUGAUGCUGGUUUUUUUUUAAGGUGGAAGUUGUUUUUGUCAAUGCCGCAGCGCCAUGGUGUUUGUGCGAUACUGCUUCGAGGUUUCGACUCGAAUGAUGACGACCUCGGAGACAACCAAACACCAUCUCAGGAAACAGAUGACGUGCUUUCACUCAGAGGAAGGAAGAUGGUUCCCGCCACACCAUCGGGAAUUAGCCUUCCCCCAAAGCCUGGAGGAGGAGGAGGGAAUCUGGGGUAAGGUGCCCAAACCGCGAGUGGUGACCCACUGGUGAUGAUGGCUUCUGGAGGAGUUGCACCUUGAUGGCCAGAGCGUCAUCAUGCUUCUGCGCGUCCAGUUUUGCUGCAGUCUACUUGACAGGCUUUCAUGAGUUGGCCAACGUGUCAGCAGUCUCAUUCAUUUCAUAUGAUAUUGAAGAACUCCCAUCAGAUAUCGGUAUGUUCAAACUGCAUCGAAAUCGGAGAGACAAAGCGGCUAGCCCCGUGCGGGGUGCGGAUCCAGUGCCGGGGCGCUGCCGGAAAUGUGCCGCCGGCUGGGCUUGGCUCACGUUGUGCCUCGCCUCGCUGUUGGAGAGCUGACCUAGGAACUUGCGUUGCAACCUCGGCUCAAGUCCAUCAUCACCACCGCCGCCUUCGCUCUCGUAGCCACAGCCUCGGAUAGUAGGGCCUUCCCUAUUAUUAGACCAUGGACCUCUAGCAUUCACCAUUGUCCCUUUUUGCUGUCGUGAUUCCUUUUUGCUGCUUCGUUCUGGCGUCAUCAAGCAAGCACGCGCUCGCUUUCUCAUUGGUGUUUGUGUUCGCUACAGCUCCGUAACCCCAGCGCGCCAGCCAGUCGCAAGUAGCGGUGGCGGGGGUAUUUGUUGCUUGAGUCGAGUCCCGGAUACCAGGUGGAAGAGGGGAGGCUGAAUAUCGACGUCUAUAAAAACAACACCGCUUUGUUUGGCUAAUCUGGUUUGGACUACUGCGCGCAAAGUUAGAAAAGGAAACAGUUCACAAUGGCAGGAAGAGUCCGUCACCCAAUCGACAUCCGCUCCCUGGAGCGAUGGCUGAACAAGACCGUCCCUGAGAUUGAGACGCCCCUUGAAGUCCACCAGUUUGGAUUCGGCCAAUCAAACCCCACCUACCAGCUCACCACCCCCUCGGGCGACCGCUACGUCCUCCGCAAGAAGCCUCCCGGAAAGCUCGUCUCCAAAACCGCCCACAAGGUCGAGCGCGAGUACCGCAUCAUCGCCGCCCUCUCCACCACCGACGUCCCCGUGCCCAGAGCCUACUGCCUCUGCGAAGAUGACUCUGUCAUCGGCACCCCCUUCUACAUCAUGGAGUUCCUCGACGGGCGCAUCUUCGAAGACCCCGUCAUCCCCAACGUCCUCCCCGACCACCGCCGCGCCAUCUGGGCCGACGCCGUCCGCACCCUGGCCAAACUCCACCGCAUCGACCCAAAAAGCGUCGGGCUGGAGAGCUUCGGCCGCCACGACGGCUUCUACAACCGGCAGAUCGCCACCUGGAAGCAAAUCUGCGGUGCCCAGGCCGCGGUCGAGGACGUGGACACAAAAGAGCAAGUCGGACAGCUCCCCUUCUUCGAGGAGCUCAUGGCCUUUUUCGGCGAUGGGAAGGCCCAGCCGGCGGACAAGGGGACGCUGAUCCACGGAGACUUCAAGAUUGACAACCUGGUCUUCCACAAGACGGAGCCGAGGGUGAUUGGGAUUCUGGACUGGGAGAUGUCCACCAUCGGGCACCCCCUUUCCGAUUUGGCGAACCUGCUGACGCCGUAUUACACCGCGUUUUUGGACCCUGCUCGGUCGGUGCACUUGCACCCUGGGUUCUUGCCCAAGGCGACGAGGGGGUUGCCGUCGAGGGAGGAUUUGACAGAGUUGUAUUUUGCGGUGCUGGAGCCCGAGGCGAGGGAGGAGGAUAGGGCGGUGGUGGAGACGAGGAGGAGGGAGCUGCAGUGGGCGCAGGCGUUUAGCAUUUUCAGGUUGGCGGCGAUUUGCCAGGGGAUUGCCGCUAGGUUGGCGAGGAGGCAGGCGAGCAGUGAGCAGGCCAAGAGGCACGGGGAUGCGAGGACGCUGUUUGCUGAAUUUGCGUGGGAGCUGGCGCAGAGCAGCAAGGGGGCGGAGGCCAAGACGAGUAAGUUAUGA